AUGAUGGAGCCUAGGAUCAUGUCUGACUUUUACGGUUUUAAAUCACUCGACAUCAAGCGGUUCAACUACAAUGACGGUGCACCUUUCCAGUGUUAUAGUUUUUCAAAAUUCCCUUGCUUAACCGAGUUAAAUCUCAUAAACUUGAACAUCAAAUGUAUCCCCGUUGACAUUGGCCUUCUGCGAGAACUGCAGAAACUGGACCUCAGCGGAAAUGAUUUCAUGAAUCUACCAACAGAGAUGGAAAAUCUUUCCAAGAUGAAAUCUCUCCCACUCUGUAACUGCCCCAAACUCCUAGUACUGCCACAAUUAACUCAGCUGGAGACACUCAGACUUUCUGAUUGUACCUGCCUCAUGUCAUUUCUAGACCCUUCUGCUGCAAAAAAAGACGGUAGUAGAUAUCUCUAG